GCCGCCGGUACUGACGGCCCGGAGCCGGGUGCCGAGCCUGGAGCGGCGGCUCUGCGCAGUCCCCGCCAGCGCCCCAGCUUGAGCCGAUUAUCUGCAAUGGUGAAAUGAAGUAACUCAAGAUGAGCAAGUUGAAAGUGAUACCYGAGAAAAGCCUUACCAAUAAUUCUCGGAUUGUGGGGCUCCUGGCUCAGCUGGAGAAAAUCAAUACUGAAUCUACAGAAUCAGAUACUGCCAGAUAUGUUACAUCAAAAAUUCUUCAUUUGGCUCAAAGUCAAGAAAAAACAAGGAGAGAAAUGACAGCCAAAGGUUCUACAGGAAUGGAAGUUCUGCUGUCAACAUUAGAGAACACUAAAGAUCUUCAAACUACGCUAAAUAUCUUGAGCAUUCUUGUUGAGCUGGUUUCAGCUGGUGGAGGUCGAAGAGCAAGUUUCUUAGUCACCAAAGGUGGUUCACAAAUAUUGUUACAAUUACUUACAAAUGCCAGCAAAGAUUCUCCCCCACAUGAGGAGUUAAUGGUGCAGAUUCAUUCUGUUCUUGCAAAGAUUGGACCAAAAGAUAAAAAAUUUGGAGUGAAAGCUAGAAUUAAUGGGGCUCUGAAUAUAACUCUGAGUUUGGUCAAACAGAAUUUGCAGAAUCAUCGCUUGGUUCUACCUUGUCUUCAGCUUUUACGAGUGUAUUCUGCCAAUUCUGUGAAUUCAGUAUCUUUAGGGAAAAAUGGAGUUGUGGAACUGAUGUUCAAAAUCAUCGGACCAUUUAGUAAGAAGAAUUCAGGUCUUAUGAAGGUUGCUUUAGACACUCUUGCUGCAUUGCUAAAAUCAAAAACAAAUGCCAGGAGAGCUGUAGACAGAGGAUAUGUCCAAGUGCUUUUAACAAUUUAUGUAGAUUGGCAUCGCCAUGAUAAUCGGCAUAGAAACAUGCUCAUUCGGAAAGGAAUUUUACAGAGCUUAAAAAGUGUUACAAACAUCAAGUUGGGAAGAAAAGCAUUUAUUGAUGCCAAUGGGAUGAAAAUUCUGUAUAACACUUCACAAGAAUGUUUGGCAGUCAGGACUCUUGAUCCUCUUGUCAACACCUCCAGUCUUAUAAUGAGGAAGUGUUUCCCCAAAAAUCGCCUGCCACUCCCAACGAUUAAGAGUUCUUUCCAUUUCCAGUUGCCAGUUAUUCCUGUUACUGGACCUGUGGCACAGUUGUACAGUUUACCACCUGAAGUGGAUGACGUAGUAGAUGAAAGUGAUGACAACGAUGAUAUUGAUUUAGAAGCUGAAAGUGAGAUGGAAAAUGAAGAUGACCUAGAUCAAAAUUUUAAGAAUGAUGAUAUUGAAACAGAUAUCAACAAAUUAAAACCCCAGCAAGUACCAGGACGAACCAUAGAAGAACUAAAAAUGUAUGAACACCUCUUCCCUGAACUUGUUGAUGAUUUUCAGGCAUUCACCCAUUCUGGGGCCUGUGCUCUGGCAGGAAUGCACCCUGUGUGUGGCACCCUCAACUUCGACUAUGAUUUAAUCUCCAAAGAACCAAAGCCUUUUGUAUUUGAGGGAAAAUUACGUGGCCCAAUUGUUGUUCCCACGGCUGGAGAGGAUGCAUCUGGGAGUCCAGCUAAUUUAAAAAAGGGACCUGUAAUGAAGGAAAAAGUAUCUCCUAAAGGAGAGGAAGAUAAGCAACCUGCCUUUAUGGAUGUAGCAAAAGAAGAUAUUAAAGCUGAUGACAGAACAUUACAACAGCAACUAGGUGAUCAAAAUAGAACUAUUUUACCAACCCAUGGCUUAAACAAUGAUAUUGUGAAAGCAUUGGACCGAAUCACAUUGCAGAAUAUUCCUUCUCAAACAGCCCCAGGUUUGACAGCAGAAGUUAAGAAGGACUGUAGUCUCCCUCUUGCUGUUCUCACAUGCACUAAAGCAUGUCCACACAUGGCUACCUGUGGAAAUGUUCUUUUCGAGGGUCGGACAGUUCAGCUAGGGAAGCUCUGCUGUACUGGGGUUGARACUGAAGAUGAUGAAGAUACUGAGUCUAAUUCAUCUGUGGAACAAGCAUCAGUUGAAGUACCUGAUGGACCUACACUCCAUGACCCAGACCUUUAUAUUGAGGUUGUGAAAAACACAAAGUCUGUCCCAGAAUAUUCAGAGGUGGCUUAUCCUGAUUACUUUGGUCACAUUCCACCUCCAUUCAAAGAGCCUAUUUUAGAAAGGCCUUAUGGUGUACAAAGGACAAAAAUUGCCCAAGAUAUUGAGAGGCUAAUACAUCAGACCGAUAUCAUAGAUCGAGUGGUAUAUGACUUAGAUAACCCAAAUUACACCAUUCCAGAAGAAGGAGACAUUUUGAAGUUUAACUCCAAAUUUGAAUCUGGGAAUCUUCGCAAAGUAAUCCAAAUAAGAAAAAAUGAAUAUGAUCUGAUUCUGAACUCAGAUAUAAACAGCAAUCAUUAUCAUCAGUGGUUUUACUUUGAAGUCAGUGGAAUGCGGCCAGGUGUUGCUUAUAGGUUUAACAUCAUUAACUGUGAAAAGUCCAACAGUCAGUUUAAUUAUGGUAUGCAACCACUCAUGUAUUCAGUUCAGGAAGCAUUAAAUGCCAGACCAUGGUGGAUUCGUAUGGGUACCGACAUUUGUUACUAUAAAAAUCAUUUCUCAAGAAGUUCAGUUGCUGCAGGUGGACAAAAGGGAAAAUCCUACUAUACAAUUACAUUCACUGUCAAUUUUCCACAUAAAGAUGAUGUUUGCUACUUUGCUUAUCACUAUCCAUAUACGUAUUCAACUUUACAGAUGCAUCUUCAAAAAUUGGAAUCAGCACACAAUCCUCAGCAAAUCUAUUUUCGAAAAGAUGUGUUAUGUGAAACCUUGUCUGGAAACAGCUGUCCCUUGGUGACUAUAACAGCAAUGCCAGAGUCUAAUUAUUAUGAACAUAUCUGUCAAUUCAGAAAUCGUCCUUAUGUUUUCUUAUCUGCUCGGGUACAUCCUGGAGAAACUAAUGCAAGUUGGGUUAUGAAAGGAACAUUGGAAUAUCUCAUGAGUAAUAACCCUACUGCUCAGAGCUUGCGAGAAUCCUAUAUUUUUAAAAUUGUUCCUAUGCUAAAUCCAGAUGGUGUCAUCAAUGGAAAUCACCGCUGUUCUUUAAGUGGAGAGGAUUUGAAUAGACAGUGGCAAAGUCCAAAUCCAGAUUUACAUCCUACAAUUUACCAUGCUAAGGGUCUGCUACAAUACCUGGCAGCAGUGAAACGUUUACCACUGGUUUAUUGUGAUUAUCAUGGCCAUUCUCGAAAGAAGAAUGUAUUUAUGUAUGGAUGCAGCAUCAAAGAGACAGUAUGGCAUACCAAUGAUAAUGCCUCUUCAUGUGAUGUUGUAGAAGAUAUGGGAUAUAGGACUUUGCCUAAGAUACUGAGCCAUAUUGCCCCAGCAUUUUGUAUGAGCAGCUGUAGCUUUGUAGUGGAAAAAUCUAAAGAAUCCACAGCACGUGUUGUAGUUUGGCGGGAAAUAGGAGUACAGAGAAGCUACACCAUGGAAAGUACUUUAUGUGGCUGUGAUCAGGGAAAAUAUAAGGGUUUACAGAUUGGUACUAGAGAAUUGGAAGAGAUGGGAGCAAAAUUUUGUGUUGGUCUGCUGCGUUUAAAAAGACUGACAUCCCCAUUGGAGUAUAAUCUGCCUUCCAGCUUGCUUGACUUUGAAAAUGACUUAAUUGAAUCAAGCUGCAAAGUAACUAGCCCUACCACUUAUGUUUUGGAUGAAGAUGAACCUCGAUUCCUUGAAGAAGUUGAUUACAGUGCAGAAAGUAAUGAUGAGUUAGAUAUUGAAUUGGCUGAAAAUGCAGGAGAUUAUGAACCUUCUGCUCAAGAAGAAGUUCUUUCUGACUCUGAAUUAUCAAGAACAUAUCUACCUUGAACCCUUUGCCAUAUCUUGUUAACUGCAAAGAAGAAAUGAAAUAUCUUGGUUUUUAUUACACAGGAAAUUUGAGGGAAAUGAGUUUAUAGAGAGCUGACUCAAAAAGAAAACCAAAAAAACAAGAAGUAACUUGGGCCUGUUUGGUUUCAAGACAAUAAAUAUGUUAUUAAUUCAUGAUAAAAUUGGCACUUUGUUUUAUUUUAGAUAUCAAUGCACUUUAUACAGCAUUGAAUUAUCAAAUAAUGGAUUUACUUAAAAAAAACCCUGAGUAUCAUUGCAUGAAUUUUUAUCUCCUCAUGGUUAUAUCCUGCAUCAAAAUGGAUAAUUUUGAAGUGUGUCAGAAUUUAAAAUCUGAAUUCUAGAGUUGUUGAAAACUAAUAUAUAUGUACUUGGAUUUCCAUGCGUGUGUUUGUGUAGAAAUGGGUAGAUAUUGAAGAUAAAACUGUUCUUCAGAAUCAUGCUGUUGGAUUGUGACUGAAAUAAUCCAGAAUUUGCCUUGAAACCAUUACAUUCUACAUUUACUAAAUUAAACAAAUAAAAAUUAUAUUAAAUGUUGCAUUUAUUUCGUCAUCCUUUUUAACCAGCUUAGAUUAUUUGAUGUGUAGAACUUUGUGAGAGUAUUAUAAAAAUCCAGUACCUGAACACAGUGAUAAAAUUUUUUUUUAAGCCUAAAGAUUUUGGUAUUAUGGAUAUACCUGUACCUAUCAUAAAAGAUAUAUUUAAACAGCUCUUUUCUCUAAAAUUGUGUAUCAUGGAUGCACUUAAAAUUUUUCACUGCAGUCAAUUAAGAAGAGUAAAACCACUUUGGAUACAAUCUGAUGUUAAAUGUACAUUGUUUAUUUAGCAUCUUGUGAGCUGUGCUAUGUUAUUAGAUUUAUUGAUGUGAAUUUAUUUAGGGCAUGCUGCUACUAACAUCAGAGUCCAAGAUGACUGCAGUGAAUCUUGUAGUGAUGUUUUCCUGAGUUUUAGCCCUCCUGCUGCAGGAAUGACUUGUCUUCAAAUAAAAUAAAAUGAACCCAGUGAUUUUUGAAUAAGUGCUUUAAGAACUAAGUUUCUGUUGUAACAGUACAAAUCCUCCAAAAUAACUGUAUCAAUAAAUUCUUGCCAGAAUUCAGGUCUUAGUUUUAGUACAUAARUUCCUUGCUUAAUCUUAGAUUAGAAUGUUUUUAACAUUAAAAUGGAAAAGAAAUUAUAAAAGUGUAUUUCAAAUUUAUGCAUUUUCUAAAUCAAUUGUAUUUUUUUUUGUACUGUUUAGGAUAUUUCAUCCACAGUGCAGAUUCUCUUUGAUGUCUUGGGAGCCAUGUUUAAAAACAUAGUGUGAGGCAAUUGAAAAGAGAUUUUUUUUCCCUCUAAAUAGUGUACUUCUUAUUAAUCUCAGAAAAUGAAGAUUAAAUAGACUGUGAAGUUGAACCAAUCCUAUUAGUGUGGUAGUCUAAUUUAGGAAAGAUCAGGAUAAUUUAGCAAGGUAAAGCAUUAUUUAUUUAUCACUUAUUUAUAAUUAUAAAUAUUUUAUCUUUAUAUAUAAAAAAUUACAUAUUUUAUUAUAAUUAUACUGUUACCAGAGAAUAGAUUAUGCAACCAUCAUAUCCAUGUAUGAAUUUUUCUUGACAAAAGUUUUACAGAAUUAGGAAUUAAAAAAAAAAAAACAAGAUAGUCAAAGCAACCA